GUCAAGAGACCAUUGGGGGCUUGACGGAAGCCAAGUUUUUGUUUAAAAAUAUGAGCUCAACUCUGAACGUGGCCAACAGCAACGGUCGUGAACAUUCUGGAAUGGGGAGAAAAAUCAGUGUACGGUCUGCACAAACUGCUAGAAAUUGAUUUUCGUAACAUUAGUCUGUACCAGACUGAAAGUACUCCACAAGAGACUGAUGAAUAAGACUAUCUACGGAAUAGAAUCACUGAAGUGAUUUCAGGUGGUAAUGUGGAGCUGCCCCAAUAUAUCUAGGAUUAAAGAAGAACAGCAACGGGCUUCCAACUACAAGUUUACUAAUUUCUCAAAAGGUCUAUGACAUGAUCAGAAGCGCAGUUCAACUCAAGGAUAACUUUACCUUGGAUGUCCUUCUUUCAUAAUAAUGUAUGCAUUAACAGUUGAAUUUUCUCACAAGGUAAUUUUCCAUGAAAUGUUUUUGAUAGUGUGGUUUCAAAAGCACCACAAACUAGAUGGCUAAUUUUGGGAGUUCACUUUCUGCUUAGAUGUAGCACAUAGAACGUGCUCUAAGACUUUCAAGUUUUUCCCCCCAACCUAAUGCUUUCCAGAUACAUUCAGAUUACAACCUACAAAAUUCCUAGUACUGUACACUCUUGCCCAAUUUAUUGCUUUUUAGGGGGGUGAAAAAUGCUGGUUAUCAAGAGCCAAUAAAUGGGAGGAUCAGCUAUCAGUUGAGCCAGGAGGAACCUGUUCUGGGGCACGUAACUCUGUUCAGUUGCUAAUUGCACUUAAGAAAGGAUAGGUGGCAACCAGUUAGAAGUGGUGGAGUCUGUCCUCACCAGGACAACUGACUGUUCUAUACAGCUCACUUCAGCACAAAGAAUACGUUUGUGAUUGCCACACUCGGUUGGAGCACAUGACCGAUACCAGGACAGAUGGAAGAUACUUGGCCUCAAGCCAACUUGCCGCCUGGCUGUAGUUUAACUCUUCACCAGUCUUCAAAGGCAGCAGUUCUAAUAAGGAACAAUGGUGUGUGAGGACUGGGAAGGAACACAGGUCUCUGGAUCUCUUGGAUGAGGAAGGUCUUCCAUGUUUUCGUCACUAUCUUCUGUUGAAGUUUGUGACAGGAUCUUCAUCAUACCAAAGAGCAAAGAGCUAUUUUCCAGGUUGUGGGUGGCUUUUCUUUUUUGACCUGUGAAUCAGAUAGCAACUAAACAAGAACAGAAUGAGUCUGAAGAUUAAUGAUCAGUAGUUCUGCAGUCAUGUAUAGUAGUUGUUGGAGUUCCAGAUAUUUAUUAUUACUUAUUAUUUGUUAAUGUCACAGUCCUGUGGUAAAAAAUAAAAUGGGUAUAUGAAUUGGGGAAAACAUGUAUGCUAUUAUGGAAUCUCUUGGUUGCACAGAAUAGAUGUGGUUUCAGAAGUCACAUUCACAUGUUCAGAGGCAACUCUAUUAUCACUAUUAUCUAAUUAAGUUCACACCACACACAAAAAUCAGAUUAACAAACUGUAAGUGCUGCAUUCACAUGGCACAUGAGGCAAACCACUUAAGGUUCAACAGGAUUGCUUGGCUAACAUAACAUGCUAAGGCAGUGGCUGAAUGUCCACAAAACACUGACCUGUAAAUUAUCUAAUUUAAUUUUAACCUACUUUAGCAGGUUGUAUGAACCAGGCAGGUUCUGUAAGCUUUCCACAGAAAAAUGAUUUAGGGAGGAAAUUUUAAAGCUUUGCUGUGGAAGGAGCUGAUAAGUUACAGAGAGACUAAAAAAAUAUUACACACUCUUAUCAAUCAGCUUCCACAGCACCACAAUAUAAAUUGGGCCAGUAAAAUGUGUGAAAAUAUAAUGUACAGCAAAACAGCUGAUUUAUGAAAAUGAGCAAAUAAUAAUUCUAUAGGACAGGAGAAGAAAUGUGUGUUUAUUCUUUCUCAUAUUUUCAGACUCCAAAGACUGCAGAAGGCAUUCCAUUAUACAUAUAAAUAAAAGGAGGUAUUAAACUCAAUAGAAGCUUAGUUCAAUCUGUACCAUUGAAUUCUGAUGGUUGAUUGCUGCAAUCAUGGGAGGUCAUAAAGCCAAAAAAAGCAAGGUGCCUACAUGUAAUGUAUGAGUUUCAGACUACUGAGGGAGGUAACUCCAUACCUGGAUUAGACAGAGAUCUAACCAUUUUAAUGCAGUCCUUACAAUGUUUAUAAGUCAGCCAAAUCCUUCCAAUAAACUUGCAAAUAAUAAUGACCAUUCCAAAUACUGUGCAUUCUCACUGCACAAGUAGUUCCAUUCCAAGUAAGGUACUGAUGGACAAAUCCCUAUGUUUUUACAGUUUUUGAAGCAGUUUUCCACUUUUCUUGUUCUAAGAUUGAUUUCCCAGUCUAGUCUACACUUUUAAGAUUUUCUGGUGGUCUCAAAUUCUUAUACUAAUCAAAUCCCAUCUUGCUUAGCUCAGGCAAUAAUUGGAUGUGUGCUGCCACCUGCUGAGAAAAGCUCUUAGUAUCCUGUUUAUAACUCCCUCCUGAAUUAAAAAGAGGGAAAUAGAAAUGAAAAUUAGGAUUACCACACCCUUAAAGAGUAUAAAAUUGUACCUCUGAUUUAUAUUGUAAGUGCUACAUGAAAAUGGUAACACAGAGAAUCCUGCUACUUUGACAAUAUGUUUUAUUUGUGAAAUAAGUGGCAUUAGCUACUAUCUAUUAGCUAUUUCUUUCUUUGAGAAAGAAAGUCAGUUUAAUUCCAUAUAUUAUUGUCAACCGCUUUGUGUAUAGAAAGGCAGAAGCAGGAAGAAUUUUCUGGUUUUUCCCUCAUGCAGGAAAUGACUAAUGAUUAAAAUAAAGUGGCCUCUGGCUUGCCUGAAAGCUAUUAAUAUUUAUUAUACUACUAAUCCAGUCAAUAAUUAAAAUCCUCUGGGUGAACUAAGAGUUAGUAAAAACAUUUUUAUAUUUUAUGUAUAUUAAAUACACAGUAAAUAGCAUCACAGACAUCUUAAAGCCUGCAUUCAUUUUUAUGAAUAUGGAUUGGUCUUGCAAUGCUGAACAAAACAGUCAAUACUCAAAUGAUUUCCUUUACUAGAACAUCUUCUAGAGAUAAUGGUGAAUGAAAGGGCUAAGGGAAGAGCUUUGAACAAUCACAUUUGAUUUUUGGGGGGGGGUAUUUUCCUAGAACAGUGGUUCUCAAACAUUUUGGUCUUAGUGUUAGCAUUAAAUGGAAUUUUAGACUUCAUUAUUCGCCUUUUAAUAAAGAUGAUAUUAGCAUUUUAGCAUGGCAUCCAAAUUCCUUUUUGAAGUUCAGGAAAACAUGUUUUCCUUUUAACUGAAGUUAUUUCUUUUUCAGCAACUAAACAAUAGGGAGCAUAAUUUGGAGAUCUUUGAAUACAGCCACUUCUCAACUUACAACUGUAAGGAAUAAGAUUAAGUCACUAUAGUUGUAAGUCAUCAUGACUGGAAGUAAUUUUCCUGUAACCAGGAUCUAGAGCAGGGAUGGCGAUUCUUUUAGGCACUGAGUGCCCAAACGCUCAUGGGUACAUGAGGAACAUGUUGGACAUUAAGUAAACAUUGCAAUUGGUAAACAAACAUGCUGGUUUCAUCUAAAUGGGCAUAUUUUGCAGGAAACUGACAAAAAAACCACCACAAAUUGUGUUCACAUGACCAUGCCACAAACAGUCAUAAAACUGACCCGUCUGACAUGCACUCAUCAAACAUUAAGUGAGACUUAACUGUGUAUACAUGUAACUAUAUUAAGAAACAUACUAAUUGGACUGGAAGAGGGUGACAAAACCUAUUAAUUUGCUAUUUGAGGAAUAUUUUAUAGGAUCACAGUUUUUUAUUGUUUAAUUCUGAGGUUUAAUAAAUAUCUUACUAUUUGAUUUGUUGCUUUCUGGCACAUUUUAUACCCCAUAAAAAGGUUUGAUAACCCCUCCCCCAUAGAUGUUUGUUUGUUUGUUUGUUGUUUUUGCCUGAAUUAUUUGGUCAUUUGUAUUUUCAUAAGAGACUUUUGAGAACUACUGGGGAUAAACAUGAGAUUGGGAAAUUGAGUAUCUUGCGGAACAGAGCAAUGGCAUCGCACGUCAGGACCGCGGAUAUAUUUGCCUGCAAUCAAUAGGCAGGGAUGUUUCCUAUAGGCUUCAUCUGACUUGUGGGGAAUCAUUUUUGCUAUCCAUCAUAACGUUUUCUGGGAUAUUUUAUAUGUAUCUUACAAGUUUUAUUUGAAAAAAAUGUUUUGUGCAAUUCCGAAACUUGGCUUUACAGUAUUAGCAACUAAACACGAAAAGGGAUAUUCGUGGCUCCCUCUGCUGACAGAUAAACGGCAGUGGGCGUGUCCCACAAAGCCGGAAGGGAAAAGUAUUACUUUCUUCUAUGGCGGAGGUGAGGAACGGUAGGGCCCUUUUACGACUUGUGGACUUCAACUCCCAGAAUUCCUGAGCCAGCAUGGAACUCACCCGUUCUAUGGCAUCGGUACCUUAGCAACCGACCCGGAAGUAGAUCUGUGGCUAUGUCCCUUCACUAAUUUUAGUCUCUUUGUCACCUUGGUGACCGCUACGCCCGGCCAAUGAUGCUUCGCGCUCUUGGCUUUCCGCCUUCUCCUUUUCGCUGGCCGCGAGCCCAAACACUCCGAUGUCGCCUCAGUAUCACAGCCCGGGAAAGAAGGGGUUUCGCCAGCCGCGCCACCAUGCCAGUGCCUCUAUCCUAUGCCAUUUUUGAUGGACCCUCAUCAGAACCUCCACUUGUUUUCCUGCACGGGCUGUUUGGAAGCAAAUCCAAUUUUUCAUCCCUUGCAAAAAAGCUAGUGCUCCAAACUGGUCGAAAGGCUCUAACAGUAGAUGCCCGCAACCAUGGGGAUAGUUCCCACAGCCCCAUCAUGACCUAUGAAGCAAUGAGUGCUGACAUCCAUCUCUUUCUGAACCAGCUGCAUCUCAGUAGGUGUGUGUUAAUUGGCCACAGCAUGGGCGGCAAGACAGCUAUGGUAUUCGCACUACAAUGGCCAGAACUGGUGGAGCGCUUAGUGUGUGUUGACAUCAGUCCUAGCCAAACAAAAGAUAUCAGUGGCUUUCAGAAUUUCAUUGCUGCUAUGAAAGCAGUGGAUAUCCCUAAAGGUAUUCCCCGUUCCACUGCACGCCGUAUGGCCGAAGAACAACUGCGCCCGACUAUUCAGGAGCCAACCAUCCUCUAUUUUCUACUUACCAACCUAGUGAAUGCUGAGGACCAAUUUGUAUGGCGUGUGAAUCUGGAGGCCAUUUCACAGCAUCUGAAUGACCUCAUGAGUUUUCCUGACUCCCAGACAUCUUAUCUAGGGCCUGCUCUCUUUCUUGGGGGUUCCAAAUCUGGUUAUAUUAGUUCCAAUAAUUACCCUGAGAUCAAACGGCUGUUUCCUGAUGCUGAAGUCCAACAUAUUCCUGAUGCAGGGCACUGGGUUCAUGCAGAUCAACCCCAAGAAUUCAUCACUGCCAUUUGUGACUUCAUUGAACUCCAUCCACUCUAGGAUUUCUGAACAGAUCCACACAAACUACCCUAUCAAGGUUGGAAGUUUUCUCGUUGGACUUAGUGUUGUUAUGUGGCUCGUGGACUGAUUUCAAAAGCUCCAUGCAAGUGAUCCAUUCAGAGUUUUGGUCAAAUUGUCAGUCCCUUCCCUGGUGAUCUGCUGCUUGGAAGAGUUAGAAGUGGGAGUUAGAGAAUGAGAGAGAAGAGAGAUGUUAGAAAAAAGGAGCGUCAGAAAGCAAAACUGAGGAGUCUUAUUCACUUUCAUCUCCGGCUCAACCAGAACGUUUGCUCCAGUUAUGCCAGUCAUUCAAUGCAGACUCCAAGAACGUAGCCCUAAUGGAAUAUGCUCUCAGGUUUCCCACUUCUGACCUCAAUGAGCAGAUAGAUAUUCAGACACUCGGAAUCUUACCCAUUUAUUCAACUAGAUAGCAUACGAUAAAUAAGAUAAUUUACUUGUGGUUAACAGGGAACUCUGGUCUAUGUAUAUAUAUAUGUUUAUUUAUUUAAUAACCUUACAAAAAAAUAUAUUGGUAAGCAUCAUGUUGACAAUUCAUUGUUGAGAUGAGAAAUAGAUUUCACCUCCAGUGUUUCUUAAUUGUUCAGCCAGCCCCCAAUCUAUAAUUCUUGAUGACACCAGACCUAUAAUCCAGGACACAAUGCUUCCUUAGACAAUUUACAUAGUAAAAAAUGAGCAGCUGUUUUUGAACCAAGAAACCCAAAUGGGGCUAACUUGCAGACUUAAUGCAAAAUCCAGGAUCUAUGACUCCCAUGGAAUUGAAACAUGGUAAAUUUUAUAAAACAAAUUAUGAUUAAAAUUAUAUAGGUCAGCAAUGGGAAACCUUUUUUGGCUUACGUGCCAUAAGUGGGGGGAGCGCAGGGGGGGUUGUGUGCAGGCGU